AUGAUUAGCGAAGCCGAAGAAUCUUACGUGCUGUCGUGGUAUAAUCAAAAUAUUGGUUAUUCUUCAAGCUCUGGUACCAACGCAAGUAAUAUAGCAGGCCAGUUGGAUUUGCCGCCUCAGCUGGAUCCUGAAAAACUUAGUUAUUCUUCAAGCUCUGAUACCAUCGCAAGUAAUAUAGCGGGACAGAAGGAUUCGUCUUUCCAACUAGAAGCUGUACAACCAGCAUCUCCGGGGACUAGGAAUACAAAUAAAAAAGCGGGACAGAAGGAUUCGUCUUUCCAACUGGAAGCUGUACAACCAGCAUCUCCGGGGACUAGGAAUACAAAUAAAACAGCGGGCCAGAUGGAUUCGUCUUUCCAACUGGAAGCUGUACAACCAGCAUCUCCGGGGACUAGGAAUACAAAUAAAACAGUGGGACAGAAGGAUUCGUCUUUCCAACUGGAAGCUGUACAACCAGCAUCUCCGGACCAGGAAUAA